AUGACGGACAUCGAAACGGGGUUCAAGGGCUCCUCCAUCAAAGCCCACGAUGUCGAAGACACGCAGUCCUCGAAGGUGUCGAUCGAGGUCGGACAGGAACACCUCGCUGGCGUCGUGCCUCCCCAUGAGUCGUAUGAAGGCUUUCACCGAUUCGAUCCCACCGCUACCUGGACCGAACAAGAGGAGAGACGAGUGAUCUGGAAGACCGAUCUGUAUCUACUCACGGCUCUCUGUGUCAUGUUCUUUGGUCUCCAACUCGACCGUGGCAACUUAUCAAAUGCGCUGACGGACAACCUACUGGUCGAUCUGAACAUGUCGAGUAACGACUACAACAAUGGAACCACUAUCCAAUUGGUGUGCUUCUUGUCCGCAGAGUUUCCCGUCCAGCUGCUCAUCAAGAGAUACGGGUUCAAGCGGGUUCUCCCCGUGAUGAUGAUUUGCUGGAGUACUGUAUCCUGGGCGCAAGCAUGGAUGACCAACCGGGCUGCCUUCUACGUGACGCGCGCACUCAUCGGGGCUUUUGAAGGUGGUUUCAUCCCCGGCACCAUCUUGUUCGCGACCUAUUUCUACAAGACGAAGGAGCUCUCCGUGCGCCUGGGAUUCUUCUGGUCCACGCUCAACGUUGCCCGUAUCAUUUCGUCGCUGCUGGCGGCGGGUAUUCUCGAGAUGCGUGGCGUGCAGGGCAAACCGGGCUGGUUCUGGCUUUUCCUGAUCGACGGCCUCAUCACCUUUGCCAUCGGAUUCCUCAGCCUCUUCUACCUCCCCAGCUCGCCCACCAACACGAGCAGUCUCCUCUGCCCGAGAAACUGGUACACCGAACGAGAAGAAGUAAUCAUGAUCAACCGCCUCCUCCGCGACGACCCCUCCAAAGGCCUAACGCACAUCAACGAAUCCGCGACCCAGCACGACAUCAUCUCCGCUUGGAAAGACCUCUCCAUGUGGGGUCUGUAUCUGAUCGGCCUAGUGGCCUACAUCCCCCAAAGCCCGGUCUCCAGCUAUCUCUCCCUGACCCUGAAGCGCCUGGGCUUCACCACCUUCGAGUCCAACAUGCUCUCGAUCCCCUCCGCGGCGCUGCAGAUCAUCCUGAUGCUGGCCCUGUGCAAGAGCAGCGAGUACUUCGGCGACCGGACGUGGCACAGCCUGUUCGGGGAAUUCUGGUCCUUGCCGCUGUUGAUCGCCCUGCUGUGCCUGCCGGCGGGCGGCUACAACUGGGCCCGCUUCACCAUCACCACGCUGAUCUCGGGGUACCCCUACUUCCACCCGAUCGUCUCCGCCUGGAUCUCCGAGAAUACCUUCGACGUGAAGAAGCGCGCCAUCACCGCCGCCACGUACAAUGUUAUCGUGCAGGUCGGGUCGAUUGUUUCGUCGCAAAUCUACCGCUCCAACGACUCCCCCUACUACUACACCGGCGACAAGGUCCUGGUCGCCCUCUGCGUCUUCUCCAUGGCCGUCUUCGUGGCCCAGCGCGAGUACCUCCGCCACCUCAACCGGCAGAAGGAGCGCAAGUGGGCCCUCAUGUCGGCCGAGGAGCGCGUGCUCUACCAGGCGGACACGGCGGCGCGCGAGCGCGAAGGGAACAAGCGGCUUGAUUUCCGGUUCAAAUACUAG